AUUCUUCUCUCGGAGAAAGGAAAAACAGAGUAAAGCUUUUGAAAAGCAGAGCUUAAUAAGAGCGCCUUUUUUUGUCAGCUAAGUUCAAACGCAGAGACGAAGGAUCGGAGAGAUGGGAGAUGUAAUAAUAUUCAUCGAAGAUACAGAUAUAAAUUCGAGUUUCUCUCGCUGCAGAAUUUGUCACGAAGAAGAAGAAGCAGAGAGCUACUUUGAAGCUCCUUGUUCUUGCUCAGGCACCGUCAAGUUCGCUCACAGAGAUUGCAUACAACGAUGGUGCGAUGAGAAAGGAAACACGAUUUGUGAAAUAUGUCUCCAGGAUUAUAAACCUGGAUACACCACAACUUCAAAACCAUCUCGUUUAGUUGAAGCAACAGCCACGAGCAGGACGAGGAGACAAUACGGAGGAAGAAGAAAUCGAAGAUUAGUGGACAGAACUGAAUCAGAAUUUCCAGAAUGCAACUCUGAAGCUAACAGAGGCGAUUCUUGUUGUAGAUACUUGGCUCUCAUUCUAUCGGUGGUUUUGUUGAUAAAGAAUGCGUUUGAUGUGGUUUAUGGAACGGACGAGUAUCCCUUCACGAUUUUCACGCUAUUAACACUGAAGGCCAUUGGUAUACUAUUGCCAAUGCUCGUAAUCAUUCGGACUAUCGCAGCUGUCCAGAGCAGUCUCCGACGUCAGUUUAUCGAAUCUGAAGAAGAUACGUUAAGCUCUGAAGAUGAUGAUGGCUUGGAGGAGGAAGAGCGACAGCAACAUUUGGCUUGAUCUUUUUUCUCUCCGUCAUCAUCAUGUUAUUACUCAACACAUAUACAAAUAGGAAUCUGUAACCACUAGAAACUGUUAAUUAAUAUUCAUAAAGAUCUUUAAGCUAUAAAACAAGAUUAGAGAUGAAAUAAAGUACCUCUCAUAUUUCAACUUCA